CGCCUUCGCCUGAUGGUUUUGGGCAAGUCCCUGCCAUCUGGGCCUGCAGGCCUACCUAUCCUAGGCUCUCUGCUCUCUUUGGACAGACGUCCAGAGCUCACUCUCCAAGAAUGGGCUCAGAAGUUCGGACCACUGUACUCCGUGUGGCUCGGCGAGCAGCUGCACAUCGUCGUCUCCGACCCCCAGAUCGCCAAAGACCUGCUAGUGGCUCAAGGUAACACAUUCUCUUCUAGGAAAGACACAUUUGUGAAGUCUGGUAUCGUGUUUGCCGGCCGCGGUAUCUCCGCUGUGCCCACCGGGGAGAACUGGACCAAGAACCAUCGCCUCAUCUCUCCAUAUUUCAGUAUUGAGGCUUUGAAGGGAUAUCUCCCCGGCCUCGAGAUCGAGGCCGUUGACAUGCUCAGGGAUCUCUACAUCAGGAGCGAAGGCGGAAAAAUCCCUGUCAAUCCGCUCCCACACGUCACACGCACCUCUCUCAACAACAUGUUGACCAUCAUCUUCGGCCUGCGCACGGACAGCAUCGACCACCCCUUGGUUGGGUACUGGCUCAAGCUGGCCCAAGAGUUCACAACUGUCACAGGCCCGAUCUCGAAUCCCGUGGACUUCGUACCCUUCCUGCGCAGGUUCCCCACAUUGUCGGGCGUCAAUCGGGCGAAGCAGUUGCAUCAAAGUCUUGUGAACAUUGGCGGCGCGCUCGUGGACGACAUUGACCGCCGUAUCAAAGCCGGAGAAGAUGUGCCUGACUGCCUGGCGAGGCACUUGCUGAAGUUGAAGGAAGAGGAAAACUUGGACUCCCAAGACAUCGUGCUCCUCUGCUGCGAGUUGAUGAUCGCGUCUGUGGAAAAGACUGCGGCCGUCAUGUCUGGAUUCGUGGCGCAAAUUGGAGAAUACGCGGAUGUGCAAGCACGGGCGCAGGCGGAGCUAGACCGCGUCGUUGGUAGAGACAGGCUUCCGGGUCUCGAACUUGAGAAGGAUUUACCAUAUAUUGGUGCUAUUGUCAAGGAAACUGAGCGUCUGAACAACCCUCGUCCUCUGGCGAUACCUCACACAAGCACCCAAGACGUCACCUAUCGUGGUCACUUUAUCCCUAAGGAUACUGUAAUUGUCCUGAACACUCAUGCUCUGACUCACGAUGCGGCUCGCUAUGCGAACCCAGACAAGCUCGAGCCCGAGCGCCAUCUGAAAGACCAGCCGACAAACGUAGAGCCAGGCUACUCCGUAUUCGGUUAUGGUCCGCGCGCCUGCCCGGGCAAGACCCUCGCUCAGCAGGAGAUUUUCCUGGUGGUCGCAUGCCUGCUCUGGGCAUUUGAUGUCCAGAAGUACCAGGGCGCGAUUAUCGAGGCGCACGACGAGCUCUCUACGGGAUCGUUUGCGCCAGUUCGUGUCAAGCUUUCCCCACGCCACAAUCGCGUCAGCGCGGUGCUUGGAUAUCGUGCUUGAGCUCUGUCUGGUGUACGAGUUGGUACAUUUGUCUUAAACUUCAGUCGACGUAGCAUUGCAGUGCAUAAAAAAGAGAUGUUUCACUAUUGAUACGUCCAAGUA